UACAACGAAGCACAGCCUUGUGUUGUUGCUUCGACAAGUCUUUUCUGGACGACUUUGCCUGCUUUCCAUCAUUCACAAGCUAUCCAACCUUGGCGACUAUGGCCGUCAACAGGUGGACAUGUGACCUGUGCUCCGAGCUCAUAAACGACCAGGAACCGCGCAUUCGCUGCCUCGAAUGUGCUCCAGAAGCGGGUUUCGACAGCUGUGCCAAGUGUUAUGUUCAGGGCUAUACUGCGGGAGACCACAAGGUCACUCACAGACAGGAGAUCUUUCGUGCGCGAGGCUACAAGUGUGCUGCUCCCGUACUACCUGGACGACUCGAGACUCCGCCCCACCUAAUGUGCACAACGUCUGAGUACGCUGCUCAUCAAUAUUUUGGAAGCCUGGUAACACCAGACUGGCAACCCACGCAGAUGCUACAGCGGAUAGCUUCGGCGAUCUUCAACUACGCAGAUGCUUCGAUUGAGCCCAAGCAUGCGGGCGCUCUGCAUCCCGAGAAGUUCUACUUAUGCAUGGACAUAUUGGGAGGAGCGCCAUUGGAUAAUAUGCACAAGCGGGCAGGACGUUUGGCUAGUAACAUAUUGACACGCACAUACGAACUUUGGGGUCAAGAUUUCACCCUCGACAACAGCACCUCGCCCGCUACAGCACUACUAACCCGCAAUGGUUUCACCACAGAGCUUGCACUCACUGUGGCAAUGGACCCUGAUGCGUGUUACACGCACCUCAACCAGGCAAUAGCAUGGCUGAGCAGCAGCGAGGCGUCCUCCACAAACGCCCCAUUACUCGACCCAGCAACCAACCUCCCUUUCAGGCAUCAACAUGUUCCGCGAGCGUGCUUCCCUGUCUCUUGCAACACCGCGGUCAAGGCUCGCUCGGAACAAAUCAAUAAGAUCCUUGUUGACGAGAUCGCUCAAGGCAAGCUCAUCCUGAACCAGCAGGCAUGGCAGCAGAAGCAUCCUUCACAGCAGGCUGCAGCGUCAACAGAGGCCAUGACGCCACAGCAAGCCCUCGACAUGCAAGCCAAGAUGACGGCACUGCAGAAUGAUUUCACGUUAAAGAGUAACAUGAUUGCAAUGGUUGGCAGGGCGCGAAUGCAGGCUAUCGAGAAUGCGAAUAUCUGGAGUACAGUUAGGUAUCGCUGAGACAGCUGCGGCAGCAAUGCUUCGGAGUCGCUCCGGGAUCGCCAGGAUCCCUACGCGGCAUUCGCGCCC